AUGGUGGAGUCUGGCAAGCCGUUCAUGCGGGUCCUGAACAACGACCAGCUCGACAACAAGCUCUCCAAUUCUUUCGACGCGCUGCCCGCUCUCGACAUAGCUGGGCCGAAGCCCUUCAUGACGAGGCGGCCUCAGCCUCUCCUCGUCGCGCUGCUGAUGGUCGCCCGUGGCGGGCUGACGCAGGGAGCGAGCAUCAUUCACCAUGGGUAUCUUGCAUGGGCGAACUGCUUCGACGCGGCCUUCCCUGAGCUCCCGACGUCGGGCAACGAGGAGAAGCCCGAGGACGACAAGCGCAUGAAGCACAAGUCCGCCAGCAAGAACCAGCUCACCAUGCUCUUUCCCAAGCGCACGCAGCAGAGCGCCUUGGCCAUCGCCAACAACGUCGCCGAACACAUUGGCACGUUCUCCAAGAAGAUGUCGCAGCCCGAGCUUCAGUACGACAGGCUUCAGCACGGCAGGCUGAAAGGUGAUCUGAAGGAGGGCUUCGUCACGCUCCCACUCUGGUGGAGAGUGCG